AUGAAGAUGCGCGUCUUGGCAGCGGGGCUGACGCUGCUGCUGGCGUCCGCCAGCGUGGUUCCGUCGGGAGGCGCGCCGCCGGGGCUGGCCGUGGGGCCGAGCGUCUUCGCAGCGAAGAAGGCAGCCUUCCUGCAGAGGCUGUUCGAGGCGUUGAACGCGACGGAGGCGCCGCCCACGCCGGCGCCCGCGCCGCUGCCCAGCUGGCUCGACCUCUUGGACGACGCCCCGCAGCCUGAUGACAGCGCCGACGCCCCACAGGCGCUGGGGCGCGUCCCGCUGGCGGCGGCGUCCGCGCCGGUCGACCCCAGCGCCGCGCGAGCGCAGUUCCUAUCCGCCCUCUUCGGCGGGCUGGGCCUGCCGCCGCCCGCGCCCAAGCCCACCAUCGUCCCGCCCGGCUUCUGGUCGCCCUUCGCCCUCGCCAAGCCCACCAUCGUGCCCCCCGACUUCUGGGUGCCCGCCGGCAAGCCCUCGCCAGCCGCGCUCUACAGGGCCAAGGUCGCCUCCUUCCUGGGGGCGCUCUUCCAGCAGGCAAACGCCACGGCCGCCCCCCAGCCCCCAGCCGCCACCCGAAGGAAUGUCAGGGCCGUAGAAGGCACGCCGGAAGCGGCCGAGGAGGGCAGCGCGGUCGAGCGCCGCGGCGCCUUGGGCGGGCCCUUCGGCGGGCCCUUCGGCGGGCCCCUCGGAGGCCCUUUCGGGGGGGCCUUCGGGCCCUUCGGCGCCGGGAAGCCCUUCGGCCCCACUGUCGAUCCCAAGUUCUUCAUGGAUAAGAAGACCGCGUUUCUGAGCCAGCUUUUCGCCAGCAAGGCGGCGUCGACGGCGGACGCCAGUGGCGGGGACGCGAACCCGGCCCCGGCCCCCUCCUUCGGGCCCUUCGCGCCCUACGGCUUCGCCCCCACGCCCAAGCCCACCAUCGUGCCCCCCGACUUCUGGUCCCCGUUCGCCGCGCUCAAGGCCCCCUCCCCCGCCGCCACCGCCUUCGCCGACAAGAAGGCCAAGUUCCUGAGCACCUUGCUGGCCCUCAAGGCCACCACGACGCCCGCGCCGCCGCCGCCGCCGCAGGAGGAGGACCCGGCCGAGGACGACGAGGAGGCUGACUUCGACGACUUCCUCCAGGAGCUGGCGCAGCGCUUGACGGCCCCCGGCGGGGCGGCGCUGGCGCGUAGGGGCCUGCCGCCCGGCUCCCCGGACGCGGCGCUGGCGCAGAUGGCGGCCCUCAAGGACGCCAUCGUGGCCACGGCCAACGCCAUCGUCCUCGCGCAGAAGGAGGCGGCGGCCCAGCAGCCCGCCUUCCCCUUCGCCAAGGGGCCCUACGCCGCCAUGAAGAAGGGCGGCCCGCCCCCGGGCGUCUUCUCCAAGAAGGGCGGCCCACCCCCGGGCCAGCGCCUGCAGGAGCUGAGCCAGGCCUUCGACUCGCUGGCGGCGCUGGAGCGCGGCGCGUCCGCCCCCGCGCCCGCCCCCGCCCGCCCCAGCCGCCCAGCGCGGGCAGCGGCGGCGCUGCUGCAGCUGCUGCGCAGGCGGCGGCGGAGGGCGGGCGGGGGGCGGCGGCGGGGGCGCCAAGGGUGCCCGCAAGGCCAAGGGCGCGCGGGGGCCCGCGGCGCGCAGCCUGCAGUUCGCCGUGCGCCAGGGCCAGUUCAGCCUGCCGCCCGGCGCCGAGGAGCUGCUGACGGCCGGCGGCGGCGCCACCCCCGGCCAGCAGGAGGGCGGCGGCCUCCGCCUGCAGAUCAAGGUGCCCGCCGCCUGAGCGCCGGCGCGGCCGCUGUGUUGCAGGCGGGGGAGCAGGAAGGCGACUACGCGGGUGACGCCGUCGACGACGCGGCGCCCGGCCAGGACUGGCCCCGCCGCCACCACUCGCACCACAGCCACCACUGACGCGCGCCCGCGCCGACAUGUAACUUGUAUGUAGAGGAACGGGUUUUCCAAUAAAGUAUUGUUUGUGAGCAAAUCA